UUGAAGUCAUCUUUAGUGAUCGGACAUGCAUGGCUAUGUUACCAGUCCAUCAUAUAUCCAAGUUCUAGGUAGCCGUUCGAUGCAUCGCCUUGACUGACUGGUUCAUGAGCAGCAGUUGCGCAAAGAGAAUGUCAAAUAGUGUCGUCUACGCAAGUCUAGAAACAGAGAAGGAUGACCUCGGCCCUGAUGGGGAGGACGAACUCAUCACCGAAGCAGAUCUAGAAGGAGGGUACGAGCAGGCACAAUCAAGGACAGGGCUAAAAAGAUCGAUAGCUUGCGCCGUAUCUGUGGUUCUGCUGUCCAUCGCCUGCAUCGGGGCGGUGGUCUUCCUGCUCCACAACAAGUCGAUGGACAUGGACAAGGGUGUGGAGAAGAGAGGGGCAGGGCUUUUCCUUGUGUCUGGGAGUGAGGUGCUGUUGCUGAGGAGGAACAGCAAGCACAAUGACAACACAUGGGGGUUGCCUGGAGGAAAUGUGGAGGCUGGAGAUCCCCACCUGCAAGCCACUGCCAUGCGCGAAGCGACAGAGGAGAUGGGUACUGUGCCAGCAUGCAACGUCACUGGGCAGAUCUUGACGUUCCGGGGCAAGAAGAAGCAGAAAGCCUACACAGUGUUCAUCUGCGAAAUGGCACCGGCCGCCAGGGCCGUCUUCAAGCCCAAGCUGAAUGAUGAGCACCGGGAGGCUCGCUGGUGGCCCCUGGCAGCUCUGCCGCCCAAGGGCCAGCUGCACCCUGUUGUGGCAACGCUGUUGGAAGACCCGGGAGCGCAGAGGCAGCUGGUGGCGGCGCUGCCGGGCGGCAUGGUGCCUGCAAGCAACAGCACAGCAGGGCCUGGGACCCUCAAAUCCCUCGACGCAGGGGUGAGCGGGGCGGACGUGGCGGGUGACGAAAGAGUGGACAAGCGAGGGGCCGGCCUCAUGCUUGCAAGCACAUGCAGCCUGCUGCGAGACAUUCACAUCAUCAAGCUAAGCUUCACGGAGAUGUGGCGCAACAGGGAUGGGGACAAGGUGAUGCUGAUGCGGAAGGUGGGCAAGCAUGGGCCGGGCAAGUGGGGCUUGCCGGGUGGCAGCGCGGACAGCAAGGACGCUGAUGACUUGGCGACAGCCGAGCGCGAGGCCAAGGAGGAGGUUGGGGGCGUUCCUGCUCACGAGGUCAAGGGGCACAUUGUGAUCAAGCGGAAGGGGAAGCAUGGGGUCAAGCUGCACACGGUGUUCAUUGCAACGGUUGCAAGCGGAGCAUCGGCUGCGUUUCAGCCGUCAACCAACAAGGACCAUCUGGAGGUUAACUGGGUGCCCCUCUCUGAGGCUGUUGCGCUGCAGCCCGCGCAGCUGCACCCUGUGUUGGCAGAAGUGCUGUCUGCCGACCACAAGGCAGAGCUGCAGGCCGCCCUGGGAGUCCCUGUGGCAGUAAAUGCGGCAAUCAGCAUCAAGCCUCUCUUUGCAGUCAUGAAGCUCGCCGCUAAGCAGGUGCUAAAGAGCACAGCGGAGAAGAAUGGUAUCCCCUGGGACAGCACCGUGCAGCAGCUGCAGAACACGCCUGAGGUAUUCAGUAUAAGGGAGGAGCUCGAAGACAAGGCCCUGGAGUACCCAGAUUACUACCUGCAGAAGUUUCAUGCGUACGACGAGGGCAACCUCAACUGGCUGGCAGCUUUUGAGGUGGAGUCAGCCACCUACUCAAUGGCGCUGCGCACAUUCCCUGACCAGCCCCUGACGCCUGAACAGGCGCAUGCACAGCUGCGCGGUAACAUCCACGAAGCCAUCCAGGACUUCUCUCGGCAAAGGGGGGCGCGGCAGGUGCAUGACGCACUCGACCUGGGAUGCUCAGCCGGGCUGAGCACGCGCGCGCUUGCAGAGGCGUUCCCUGCAGCGCAGAUCACCGGCCUGGACCUCUCGCCGCACUUCCUGGCCGUUGCAGAAUACCGCGAACGGAAGAGGAAGGCAGAGGGCGAAAGCAGGCGGAUUUGCUACGUGCAUGCCAACUUGGAAGACACACGGCUGCCGUCAGCCUCGUUUGAUCUGGUUUCGUCAUCCUUCACCAUCCACGAAUUACCUCCCCAGGCCAUUUGCGCGCUCAUCGCCGAGGCUCGGCGGCUGUUGCGGCCCGGCGGAGUGCUCCUGUUGGCAGACAAUAAUCCCCGGUCGAAGACGAUACAGAAUCUGCCGCCGGCGCUGUUCACGCUGAUGAAGUCGACGGAGCCCUGGAGCGACCUGUACUACGCGAUGGAUGUGGAGGCCGCCAUGCGCGACGCCGGCUUUGUCCAUGUUGAGACGCGCGAGGCCGACCACCGUCACCGCGCAGUCCUGGGCCUGGCCGCCUGA